UGUGUCCACCUUCAUCUGUGUGUGUGUGUGUGUGUGUGUGUGUCAACUAUCUGCUGUGUGCGUGUGUCCACUUUCUGCUCAGUCAUGGCUCUGUGUCUCCUUGGAGCAGGACGCGUGUUUCAGUGCAGAGCGGCUGUUAGAAGAUCCACGUCCACGCUGCUGCAGCUGCAGUCACAUAACUCCUCAAUGGCCUCGGGCAGGCAACGCGUUCACGGAGUGGAUCUGUUCUAUGAGACGACGGGCACAGGGAAACACGCUGUGCUGCUGCUUCCCGGUGCUCUGGGAAGCACAAGGACAGAUUUUCAGCCACAGCUUAAUUCUCUCAGCCGGGAAAAAUUCACCAUCGUUGGCUGGGAUCCCCGUGGUAAUGGAAAAUCCCGUCCACCAGAAAGAGAUUUCCCCCCCGACUUCUACGAGCGAGAUGCAAAGGAUGCAGUGGGUCUGAUGAAGGCUUUGGGCUUCAGCAGGUUCUCUCUGCUGGGCUGGAGCGACGGAGGGAUCAGCGCUCUCAUUGCUGCAGCAAUAAACCCCGACCUCGUCCACAAAAUGGUUGUGUGGGGGUCCAAUGCCUUCAUUACCCAGCAGGACAUUGACCUUUACAAUGGCAUUCGCGACGUGUCUAAGUGGAGUGCGAGGAUGAGGAAGCCCCUGGAGGAAGUGUAUGGAGCAGAAGUCUUUCCUAAACUGUGGGAGGCCUGGAUAGAUGGAGUCACACACUUUCUCAAAAGGCCAGAAGGGAGCGUCUGCAUGGAGUUUCUGCCCCGCAUCACAUGUCCGACCUUCAUCAUUCAUGGAGAGAAAGACCCGAUGGUGCCCACCUUCCAUGCUCAGUUUCUCUAUAAACACAUCAAGGGAUCACGAUUAUAUAUGAUGCCAGAGGGUAAACACAAUCUCCACUUGAAGUAUGCUGACGAAUUCAACAAACUGGUGGAAGACUUUCUGGAAGAGUGACCGUUCACACAGUGAAAUAAACAUUUCUGUGUUAUCAUGCUUCAAAGAUUUACAGAUUUUUCCUUUGUUAAAUGAGCUAUGGCUCAUGUGAAAUUAAAAUGAAUGUCCUUGCUCUCUUACUCUGACAAUGCUAGCGGUUUCUAGAUAUUGUAAUUCACAGUUUUCCAGGCUGAGCCACAAAAAUCGGCAUCUUGUUACACUUUUAAAUGUAUUUUUUUGCUCUAAAUAAAAUGUACUUCUAAAGCACC